AUGAUGUUCUUUUGGCAAUUUUUAUUCAUCAUUGUUUAUCUAUUUAAUUCUGCUCAAGGUUUUAAUCCACUUCGUCGUCUAUUAGCAAAUAUUCCACAAACACCUAUUCAACCAAAUGAUGAUCCAGGUGAACCACUCUUCUUAACACCUUACAUUGAAGCUGGUCAAAUUGAUCAAGCAAAAAAUUUAAGUUAUAUCAAUUUAAAACCAGAUUAUUCAUAUCCAUCUUAUUCUGGUUAUUUAACAGUAAAUAAAACUCAUCAAAGUAAUUUAUUUUUUUGGUUUUUUCCUUCACAAAAUGGUAAUAUAAAUGCACCAUUACUUGUAUGGUUACAAGGUGGACCAGGUUCAUCAUCUUUGUUUGGAUUAUUUUCUGAACAUGGUCCCAUUAUGGUUGAUAAAGAAGAAAAACUUCAUCCGAGUAAUAUAACAUGGAAUUCAAAAUAUCAUCUACUUUACAUUGAUCAACCAGUUGGAACAGGUUAUAGUUUUACUAAAAGUGAACAAGGUUAUGUACGUAAUGAAGAUGAAGUAGCUCGUGAUUUAUAUGCAAUGUUAAUACAAUUCUUUCAAUUAUAUAAUGAAUAUAUAAUGUGUCCAUUUUAUGUUACUGGUGAAUCCUAUGGUGGAAAAUAUGUUCCAGCUAUUGUUUAUAAAAUUCAUAUUGAAAAUCCUGAAGCAAAAAUAAAAAUAAAUCUUAAAGGUAUGGCUAUUGGUGAUGGUCUUAUAGAUCCAUAUAAUGAAUGGGAUUAUGGAUCAGUAAUGUAUCAAUUUGGAUUAAUUGAUGAACAACAAUUGGAACGUGUUAAUUUACAAUCAUUAUUAGCACGAACUGCAAUAGAAUUAAAACAAUAUUUAUUAGCUUAUGCAAUAUUCGGUAAUUUAAUCGAAUUGUUUUAUACAGAAAAAACAGGUUUAAAUGAUAUAUAUAAUUAUUUAUUAACACAAUUACCAGCUACAUUUGGUUAUUAUGUACCAUGGGUAACAGCAAGUGAAAAUCGUCGUAAAAUUCAUGUUGGACAUGAACGUCAUAAUGAUGGUGUAGAAGUUGAUAUUGCUCUAGCCAAUGAUAUUAUGCAAUCAAUUGUUGGAAAAGUCGCUGAAAUUGCUAACAAUAAUUAUAAAAUACUAAUUUAUAAUGGUUUAGAAAUUGUUCAUAUAUUUCUUGAUCAUUGA